ACCCGUACGUCACUUCCGUCUUAUGUCUCCGGACUUUCGCAACUUCCACCAGCCGUCGCGAUGUUUUUCUUCAGAUCGUCUUAGUUCCGGAGCUUUCCCGUAAACAUGGCCGGUUGCUCUUCGGACGUGGAUCUGUGGACGGUCCCUCUGGUGGCGCUGAACGUCACCGUGAGGAGAAAGCUGGGACUUUAUCUGAACCCCAAAAACACGGUGGCCGCCGACUGGAUGACGGUUGCCGAGGAGAUGGGCUUCACCUACCUGGAAAUCAAGAACUACGAGGCGUCGAAGAACCCGACCAAAACUGUGCUGGAGGACUGGCAGGCCCGGAGCAAAGAUGCUUCUGUGGGGAAGCUGCUGUCCAUCUUGACGGAGGUGGAGAGGAAGGACGUGGUGGAGGAUCUUCGCCCUCAAAUAGAUGAGGACGUCAGGAAGUACUUGGAGAGUUUGCAGAGAAAAUCUGAGCCUCCGCUGCAGGUGGCUGAGGUUGACAGCUGCGUUCCUCGCACCCCAGAAAGGUUUGGCAUCACUGUGGAAGAUGACCCAGAUGGGUCACCUGAGAUGUUUGACGCCUUCAUCUGCUACUGCCAAGACGACUUCCACUUUGUCUGUGAGAUGAUCCGAGAGCUGGAGCAGACGGAUCACAAGCUGAAGCUGUGUGUGUUUGACAGAGAUGUCCUCCCAGGUUCCUGCGUUUGGACCAUCACAAGUGAACUCAUCGAGAAGAGGUGUAAGAGAAUGGUGGUUGUGAUAUCUGAUGAAUAUCUGGAAAGUGAUGCCUGUGACUUUCAGACCAAGUUUGCCCUCAGCCUCUGCCCUGGUAAUACGGUCAUUCCCGGGGCUCGGAAUAAACGUCUCAUUCCAGUCAUCUAUAAGACGAUGAAAAAGCCAUUUCCGACCAUCUUGCGGUUCCUCACUGUAUGCGACUACACCAAGCCCUGCACUCAGGCGUGGUUCUGGAUACGACUCGCCAAAGCUUUAUCCUUGCCAUGAAUGUGGACCAGACUGUCAACCAUGUUUAAAAGUGCCUUAUUAUUUUUAAAAAUAGAUCUUUCAAUAGCUUUUGUUGUAAAAUAUCAAGCUCUUACAUCUUCAGCUGCAUCUUGUAUUACAUAUCUUGCUGACAUUGAAGCAAAACAUAUCUAUUUGUUUUCACUUGAAAUAAUUAUAUAUUUUAUAAUCAAGCUGCACAAGGGGGGCAAGAGGAUGAUAAGGCGUUGUGACUGAUAAUUCGACAUGUUCAUGACCAAUUUUGUUUUUUUCAAUCUUUUGAAAAUACUUUUGUAAGCUAUAAAUGUGAUUUUUUUUUUUAAAUAAAAGAUUUCAAUUCCUUGUUAA